AAUUUUAAACUUUUUUUUUCUUAAAUCUUAUUCCUUUUCUUUCUUUUCUCUCUCUCUCUCUCUCUCUUUUCCUCUCUUUUUACUUUCAUUCUUGUGCUUUUCUUUUUUAUUUGAAAGAAAAAAAUUCCUUUUUUACCUAUUAAUUUCUCGAAACAAAAAAAAAAAUUAUAGGAACAGACAAGGAAGGAAAUACAAAAAAAAAGCUUAUUCGACUUUUUUUUUUCUGAUAUGACGACUUCAGAAACAAGAUCGCCUUCACCGCUUACUACUUCACCUUCAACAACCAACACUCUGACAGAACAAAAAGCCACUUUUGAAAAAAAUGCUUCUAGCAAAAAAUUAAAUCAUAAAAAAAUACAAGAAGAGAACCACUUUGGUUCUUUACGUCGGCCUCGCGCUGAAACUAUGCCAACACAGUCCAGUUCUUUCCCUUACAACACUAACCUAGAUCACAACCUGAUCUUGGAUCCGGCAACACGUAAUCAGUAUGGUUUUAUGCCUACUACUCUAGAACAAAAUUGGUUCCAAACUCCUUCUGCACCUACCACAGACCAACUUUUGAGAGCAGACGAUAGUAACACCAUUGCAAGCACACUGGCUUCACUCGGUCUAGACGAACAAUAUCAAACAGGAGGAAACUAUACUAGUGAGCUACAUGCAAGCCACUCUUAUUCAUCGCUUCAGAACUUGGCUGACCAUCCGCAUUAUAAACAUGAAAAUCUACCUUAUUUUAAACCGGAAGAUCUCCGUUCCUCAGUAGCCAAUCUUCGCCUGGCUCAUCAAAAUAGACCCCGUGCCAUGAGUGCUGCAGAUCAACAAAAACAACAACAGCAGUUUUAUUAUCCAGAAGACAUUUGGUAUUCUGCUGAAAUGAAAUAUCAACCACAGUUAAACAGACCCUUUUUGCGCACUUCCAACAGCAGUGCUGAUUUAUUAGAAAUGAUGGCUCGACAAAGAAAGGCCACAGUACCUUCACCCAUGAUGAAUACCACUACACCAGAAGACAUUGAUCAUGGUUGGACAGGGGAAUCAUUUACAGCAGGUGGAAGUCUAUCCUCUUCAUAUGAACAAUUAUCCAAUAAUAGCAGUAUCUUGGAUGCCAAUGCAGAAGACAUGAUACCUACUCGAUCUCUAUGGCUUGGACAACUUGAAAUCACCAAUCAAACGUCAAGCGAAUUAAACUCGAUUUUCUCUAAAUACGGUGUGAUUGAGAACAUUCGUGUCUUGCCAGAUCGUGAAUGUGCCUUUAUUAAUUUCUCAACAGUCGAAGAAGCAUUGAAGGCCCGUGAUGCAUUUGCUAAUCAUCGUCUAACAAUGCCGAAUGUCAAAGUUGGAUUUGGUAAGCCAGACACAACCUCAGUCACGUCUUCACCUACGACGACCAAUGCUUUUGCGACUGAGAGUGCACAAGGACCUACAAGAGCAUUAUGGGUUGGCAAUAUUCCGACCAAUACAACACAAGCAGCUUUAGGCUCGAUUUUUUCAUCGUUUGGUAGGAUUGAAUCUGUGCGUUUAUUGACCAAUAAGAAUUGUGGGUUUAUCAACUUUUACAAUCAAGAGGAUGCUAUGAAGGCUAAGCGAACACUUCAUAACCGAGAAAUCAUGGGUCCAGGCACAGGUGCUGUUAAAAUAGGGUUUGCUAAAGUGCCCGUAUUAAAAAACGCGGCUGGUGGCCUUGUGGGCGCCAAUGAUGCAAUCCAUUUCCAAUAUCUAGCAACAGAACAACAACAACAACAGCAACAACAACAACAACAACAACAACAACAACAACAAACACUCUUAUACGAGGACUAUUCACCAUGGAAACAUAAGUUUGUUGAUGAACAACAACAGCAACAAAUGAUGAUGUACAUGUUAGAAAUGAUGGGCAAUAAUUCAAAUGUCAUUUCCGCUGUUGUAGCAGAGCGUAAAUUGAUUAUGCAGGAGUUUGGCGAAGAUGACUCAGAUGGCCCAUUAUUUGAUGCUCUUCAUUUGCCUCAAAAUUACUAUCCUACAAUUCCUGUUGCACCUGAGCUCGGUCAAUCGAGAAAAGUGGAUAUUUCUCGCCUUCGGGAUAUUCGUAAAAGAUUAGAUACUGGUAACAUUACAACAAAGGAAUUAGAGACCAUUGCAGUCGAAUGUGUGGAUGAAAUCGUUGAACUCUGUAGUGAUUACAUUGGUAAUACGGUCAUUCAACGUUUAUUCGAAAGAUGUUCUGAAAUGACAAAGUCCAUGAUGUUGGAAGCUGUAGCUCCCUUUUUAGCUUCCAUUGGUGUCCACAAAAACGGAACAUGGGCUGCUCAAAAGAUCAUUGACACCGCUAAACUACCUGCCCAAAUCUCACUUGUCUGUAACCACAUCAAACCCUAUGCGCCUGCUUUAUUGCUUGAUCAAUUUGGUAAUUACGUUGUUCAGUGUUGUUUGGGACUUGGUCCUAAUCGAAACCAAUUCAUUUUUGACGCCAUUGUUGAUUCGUGCUGGGAGAUUGCUCAAGGCAGAUUUGGGGCACGCGCAGUACGAGCCACGCUUGAAAGCCCCCAUGUAACCAAAAGACAACAGAAAUAUGUUGCUGCUGCGCUUGUGCAACAUGCUUUGCUUUUAGCUACCAAUGCUAACGGAGCACUUUUGCUUAUUUGGCUCCUAGACACGUCGGGUAUUCCUGGCCGGUACCGUGUCUUGGCUCCCCGUUUACUCCCUCAUUUAUCACGCCUAUGCACGCACAAAUUAGCUUCUUUGACUGUCCUGAAGCUGAUCAAUCAACGUCAAGAACCUGAAGCACGCGCUUUGAUCCUAGACGCGUUAUUCUUUUCAAACACGACAGAUAAAGUGCCACCUCUCAUUGACGAAGUGCUUCAUGAUCAAGUUCAUGGCGUCAGUCUUGUCCAAAAGAUUUUGUCUAGCUCUUACAUUGAGUUGCGUGAACGACAAAGCAUUGCUGAACGCGUGAAGCAAAUUUUGUGUAAAUUAAAGCUACAGCAUGUUCAAGGAUACAAGCGCUUAAUGGAAGAGAUCAACAUGGUCAUGGUUGAUUCUGUUCCAGGGGCAAGUCUAGGUGUUACUUUACCAGGUCAAUUUUCUAUCAAUCCUAGUUUGGCUGCUGCUUUACAGGCCAAAUACAUGGUGCCUAGUGGAUCUAAUCAUGAAGAUUAUGAACAAAAUGAUGAUCAGACAGCUGCUAUGAUGGCCAAUUUCUAUGCUGCCGCUGCCGCUGCCGCCGCUGCUUCUACAUCAGUCAAUACUUGUAGUAUCUUGGCACCUACUCAACCAAAACACAAUUAUUAAGGUGAAAAAUAACAAGAAAAAAAAACCAAAUACCGAUCUUAUAUGAUACCCAUAUACUUUCCCUACACGUAUUCCUCUUUAUAUACAUUUAUUUACAUAUCUAUCUCUUUUCUAUAUAUAUAUUAUCCUUCCUUUGUUCUUAUAUAUUAUAUACACUCUUUAUAUUUAUCCCUUUUUUCUUAAAAAAAGCAUUUUCUAUAUAUACAUUACCCCUCCCCCUUCCUUUCUUGUUUUUGACCCAUUUAUGAAAAAAAAAAGCGCAUUUAUAAAUACAUUUUACACAGAGAGAAUAUAUAUAUGUAUAUAUAUUUAAUCACAUACAUAUAUAAAUUUCAUGCUUUACAAUAAAAAAAAAUCUUUUUUUAUAAAUUUAAAAUGAA